CCUGCAGUUUCUGGCUACUUGGGAGGCUGAAGCAGGAGGAUUGUUGGAGCCUCGGAAUCUGAGGCUGCAGUGAGUCCUGAUUGCGCAUUCCAGCCUUGGCAGCACACCCCCCACUACAGCCUGACUUCCCUCCCACGGUAAUGUUUUGUGAUUUUCCACGGGAAAGAGGAAAACUGCUAAUUGCUCAUUUUGUACUUCCCUGCGUCCCGUGUCCAUGCCAGCAGAACGCCACCAUAAAGCUAUGCCAUUUUAUUUUAAGAGAUGCGAUUAUGGUGAAACCCCGUCUCUACUAAAAAUACAAAAAUUAGCUGGGCAUGGUGGCGCGCGCCUGUAGUCCCAGCUACUCGGGAGGCUGAGGCAGGAGAAUUGCCUGAACCCAGGAGGCGGAGGUUGCGGUGAGCCGAGAUCGCGCCAUCGCACUCCAGCCUGGGUAACAAGAGCACUCUGUCUCAAAAAAAAAGAGAUGCGAUUGAGAAAUAUGCCAGAUUAGAGUAAUGCUCCGUUUCUCCGGAAAAGCAAAUGGAGCACUCCUGCUGCACUGAGAAACGAGAGCUAAGACUGACAUGUUGCCUGUGUUUCGGGAGUUUUCAUUUACUUCAGUCCUGUGGUCCUCAUCUCCUGGAGUAUUAUCACCCCUUAAGUGCUCAGAGCUCAGUUUAAUGUAGCUACGAUUUGAGAAAAUGUGGCUUGAUUUGAUAGGAUAAAAAUUCUUAGUCUUCUGCUAAUAUUACGGGCUACCAAGGCAUUAACCUACACUGGGUCUCCCAGUUCUACCGAGAGCGAGGGUCUUCCUGGAGGAGGUGGGGUCUGGCCCACAGGCACCUCCUUUGGCCCCGCCUCUCCGCGCUUUGCUUCCGGGGCGAUAAGGGCAGCCACGUCAUCCCCCGGCUCCGCAAGCUUGCCGGGCAGUGGCUCGUGGGAGCCAAGAUGGCGACGGCGGCGGUGGCGGCGGCGGCCUCAGCGGCCUUAGCCAGUAUUCGGGAAAGGCAGACAGUGGCUUUGAAGCGUAUGUUGAAUUUCAAUGUGCCUCAUGUUAAAAACAGCACAGGCGAACCAGUAUGGAAGGUACUCAUUUAUGACAGAUUUGGCCAAGAUAUAAUCUCUCCUCUGCUAUCUGUGAAGGAGCUAAGAGACAUGGGAAUCACUCUGCAUCUGCUUUUGCACUCUGAUCGAGAUCCUAUUCCAGAUGUUCCUGCAGUAUACUUUGUAAUGCCAACUGAAGAAAAUAUUGACAGAAUGUGCCAGGAUCUUCGAAAUCAACUAUAUGAAUCAUAUUAUUUAAAUUUUAUUUCUGCUAUUUCAAGAAGUAAACUGGAAGAUAUUGCAAAUGCAGCAUUAGCAGCUAGUGCAGUAACACAAGUAGCCAAGGUUUUUGACCAGUAUCUCAACUUUAUUACUUUGGAAGAUGAUAUGUUUGUAUUAUGUAAUCAAAAUAAGGAGCUUGUUUCAUAUCGUGCCAUUAACAGGCCAGAUAUCACAGACACAGAAAUGGAAACUGUUAUGGACACUAUAGUUGACAGCCUCUUCUGCUUUUUUGUGACUCUGGGUGCUGUUCCUAUAAUCAGAUGUUCAAGAGGAACAGCAGCAGAAAUGGUAGCAGUGAAACUAGACAAAAAACUUCGAGAAAAUCUAAGAGAUGCAAGAAACAGUCUUUUUACAGGUGAUACACUUGGAGCUGGCCAAUUCAGCUUCCAAAGGCCCUUAUUAGUCCUUGUUGACAGAAACAUAGAUUUGGCAACUCCUUUACAUCAUACUUGGACAUAUCAAGCAUUGGUGCAUGAUGUACUGGAUUUUCAUUUAAACAGGGUUAAUUUGGAAGAAACUUCAGGGGUGGAAAACUCUCCAGCUGGUGCUAGACCAAAGAGAAAAAACAAGAAGUCUUAUGACUUAACUCCAGUUGAUAAAUUUUGGCAAAAACAUAAAGGAAGUCCAUUCCCAGAAGUUGCAGAAUCAGUUCAGCAAGAACUAGAAUCUUACAGAGCACAGGAAGAUGAGGUCAAACGACUUAAAAGCAUUAUGGGACUAGAAGGGGAAGAUGAAGGAGCCAUAAGUAUGCUUUCUGACAAUACCGCUAAGCUAACAUCAGCUGUUAGUUCUUUACCAGAACUCCUUGAGAAAAAAAGACUUAUUGAUCUCCAUACAAAUGUUGCCACUGCUGUUUUAGAACAUAUAAAGGCAAGAAAAUUGGAUGUAUAUUUUGAAUAUGAAGAAAAAAUAAUGAGCAAAACUACUCUGGAUAAAUCUCUUCUAGAUAUAAUAUCAGACCCUGAUGCAGGAACUCCAGAAGAUAAAAUGAGGUUGUUUCUUAUCUAUUAUAUAAGCACACAGCAAGCACCCUCUGAGGCUGAUUUGGAGCAAUAUAAAAAAGCUUUAACUGAUGCAGGAUGCAACCUUAAUCCUUUACAGUAUAUCAAACAGUGGAAGGCUUUUACCAAGAUGGCCUCAGCUCCUGCCAGCUAUGGCAGCACUACCACUAAAUCAAUGGGUCUCUUAUCACGAGUCAUGAAUACAGGAUCACAGUUUGUGAUGGAAGGAGUGAAGAACCUGGUUUUGAAACAGCAAAAUCUACCUGUUACUCGUAUUUUGGACAAUCUUAUGGAGAUGAAGUCAAACCCUGAAACUGAUGACUAUAGAUAUUUUGAUCCCAAAAUGCUGCGGGGCAAUGACAGCUCAGUUCCCAGAAACAAAAAUCCAUUCCAAGAGGCCAUUGUUUUUGUGGUGGGAGGAGGCAACUACAUUGAAUAUCAAAAUCUUGUUGACUACAUAAAGUUGAGCCUGAUUUUGCCUACCUGACCAGAGAGACAUAAAAGACCUCUCCUUGAACAAGAAUUGGGUUCCCCUGGGAGCUAUGUCUAGAAGUUCUGGACCCCUCUAAUGUUUCCCUGUGCUUGCUUUCUUCUUGUAUACUGUAACCUCUACCUUUAUUAAUGCCUAUUAGCCACAAGAAUCCCAAUUAUAUGACUAUUAUAUAUACCAUUUUAUUUUGGAAAAAAAUCUGAGUUAUAGCUUUUAUUUAUUUUCAGAGAUGGCCAUUAGGACAUGUAUUUAGCCAACAAUGUUUGAUCAGCUUAUACAUCACAGAGUUGUGUUACAAAUUUACCUUCAAGUUCACAAUACAUACAAGAAAUUAGCAAAUUGUUAGUAGAGAUUUGGCUGUUGUGAUUGGCUUCCAACA